UUAUUGGAGGAGGCGGUGGUGUGUGGGCGUCUUCAGAUCAGCAGAUAGACUGCUAAAGUUUAGAUUACGGCGGUUUUGUGUGAAGGCGAAGAUGUGGCGCGUUCAGCUGGCACUGCUUCUUGGUUCACUGGGGUCUGCCUUGUCCCAGCAACUUGGGCCCAUGGCGGGCCAAGGCCAGGAUCAGAUCAGCCUCGCAGAGUUCAGUGAUGGCUGCACCGAGGGCAGCUGUUACCCGGCAACAGGAGAUCUUCUCAUUGGUCGGGCCCACCAGUUGUCGUCCACCUCCACCUGUGGCCUGAACCGUCCCGAACCCUUCUGCAUUGUCAGCCACCUGCAGGAGGAAAAAAAGUGUUUUGUGUGUGACUCAGUGAGCCCCUACAGUGAACCAACCAAUCAGACCGACAACCAUCGUAUUGAGAAUGUUGUCACCACGUUCGCCCCGAACAGACUGAAGACCUGGUGGCAGUCUGAGAACGGUCUGGAAAACGUCACAAUCCAGCUGAACCUGGAGGCAGAGUUUCACUUUACUCAUCUCAUCAUGACCUUCAAAACAUUCCGACCUGCUGCCAUGGUGAUUGAGCGCUCGGCUGAUUUUGGGAAAACCUGGGAGGUGUAUCGUUACUUUGCCUACGACUGUGAAACAUCCUUCCCUGACGUUUCAUCCGGUCCCAUGAAGAAGGUUGAUGAUGUCAUCUGUGACUCACGCUAUUCUGACAUUGAACCGUCUACCGAAGGCGAGGUCAUUUUCCGAGUUUUGGACCCGGCGUUCCGGAUCCAUGACCCCUAUAGCCCCCGAAUCCAAAACAUGCUGAAGAUCACCAAUCUAAGGGUGAAGUUCACCAAACUUCACACACUGGGGGACAACCUGCUUGACUCUCGUAUGGAGAUUAAAGAGAAGUAUUACUAUGCUGUCUUUGACAUGGUGGUUCGAGGAAACUGCUUCUGCUAUGGCCACGCAUCAGAGUGUGCCCCCAUCCAGCACACUGGUUAUGCCAGGGAAGGGAUGGUUCAUGGUCACUGCAUGUGCAAUCAUAACACCAAAGGACUGAACUCUGAAAAGUGUCAAGAUUUCUAUCAUGAUCUCCCAUGGAGACCCGCUGAGGGACGCAACACCAAUGCCUGCAAGAGGUGUAACUGCAACCAGCAUGCGGACUCGUGUCACUUUGACCUGGCCGUGUAUGUGGCUUCAGGAAAUAGAAGUGGCGGUGUCUGCGAUGACUGUCGGCACAAUACAGUUGGACACAACUGUGAGCAGUGCAAGCCAUUCUACUUCCAACACCCGGAGAAGGACGUGAGAGAUCCAAAUAUCUGCCAACCUUGCAGUUGUGACCCCCUGGGCUCCCUGAAUGGAGGAAUCUGUGAUGGGAGGACAGACAUUAGCGUAGGACUCAUUGCUGGUCAGUGCCGCUGCAAAGCCAAUGUGGAGGGUGAACGCUGCGACCGCUGCAAACAGGCGUACUACGGACUCAGUGAUGACACUGAAGGCUGCAAGGCCUGUACCUGCAGCCUGCUUGGAACACUUCCUGGAGGGAAUCCUUGUGACAGCGAGACAGGAAACUGCUUCUGUAAACGGCUGGUGACUGGCCAAAACUGUGAACAGUGUGUGCUUGAACACUGGGGUCUUAGUAAUGACAUGGAUGGCUGCAGACCAUGUGACUGUGACCUGGGAGGAGCAAUUAACAACCAGUGCAAUCAGCUGAGUGGUCAGUGCGUCUGCAGAGAUCACAUGUUCGGCCGCCGUUGUGACCAAGUGGAGUCAGGAUUCUACUUCAUUGCUCUCGACCACUACACCUACGAGGCAGAAGAUGCCAAGUUUGGACCUGGUGUGGUGGUGGUUUCAAGGCCCCACCCUCACGACCACAGCCCCACCUGGACAGGUAUUGGCCUGGUCAACGUCCCCGAGGGAGCCUUCCUGGAAUUCACGGUUGAUAACAUUCCUCACUCAAUGGAGUACGACGUUCUCAUCCGCUAUGAGCCGCAGCUGCCUGAACAAUGGGAGGAGGUUUUGAUGACAGUGAUGAGACCAGGACCUAUCAGAACAGACAGUCGUUGUAUAAAUACUGUGCCGGACGAUGACCACCAGAUGACUUCACUUCACCCUGGAUCACGACAUGUGGCCCUUCCCAGACCAGUGUGUUUUGAAUCUGGUCUGAACUAUACCAUCCGCCUUAGCCUGCCGUUGUACUCUGCCCUCAGUGAUGUUCAGUCUCCGUACACGCUCAUUGAUUCGAUUGUGCUGAUGCCUCACUGUAAGAACUUGGACCUGUUCACCGCCUCAGAAGGAGGCGAAUCUGGUGAAAACCGCGGAUGGGAAACAUUUCAGCGUUAUCGUUGUGUGGAGAACAGCCAGAGCGUGAUCAAGACACAGAUGACCGACAUUUGCCGAAACCUGAUCUUCAGCAUUUCUGCGACGCUACACCAGGGGGCCAAAGAAUGCCAGUGUGACCCACAAGGAUCUCUAAGCACAGUGUGCGACCCGAACGGAGGUCAGUGUCAAUGCCGCCUUCACGUCAUCGGCAGAGACUGCAACAGAUGUGCUCCAGCCACAUUCCAGUUUGGGCCAAGUGGCUGCAAAGUAUGUGACUGCGACCCUCAAGGCUCACAGACCCCGGUUUGCGAUCAGCUUACUGGUCAGUGUGCUUGUGUUUCGGGAGCGUACGGACGUCAGUGUAAUCGCUGUCUGCCAGGCCACUGGGGCUUCCCAACUUGCCGUCCAUGCUCCUGUAAUGGGCACACAGAAGACUGUGAUGCUCACACUGGAGAGUGCGUCAAAUGCAGACACUACAGCACAGGUCACAACUGCGACAGGUGUUUGGAUGGUUACUAUGGCAAUCCGAUGCUGGGUGCAGCUGACCAUUGCCGCCCCUGUAUGUGUCCUGACGGCCCUGGUAGUCUGCGGCAGUUUGCAAGAAGUUGUUUCCGUGCUGAUGAUUCCCAACAAGCCUUCUGCGCCUGUGACACUGGAUACAAAGGUGCUCGAUGUGAUGAGUGUGCCCCUGGUUACUAUGGAAACCCUGAUGUGGUCGGAGGGUUGUGCCAGCCCUGUCAGUGCAACAACAACAUUGACAUGCUGGACCCACAAUCCUGCGACGCCCAAACUGGCGAGUGCCUGCGCUGCCUGUACCACAGCGAGGGGGAUUCCUGUGAAUAUUGCAAGCAGGGAUACUAUGGCGAUGCCCUGUUGCAGGACUGCAAGAAGUGCACUUGUCAUCUUGGCAGCGAUUCUGACAGCUGUCCAUCAUCAGGUGACUGUCACUGCGACCGUACUAGUGGUCAGUGCCAGUGUCUCCCCAAUGUGAUUGGCCUCCACUGUGACCGUUGUGCACCUGACACUUGGAACAUGGCAAGCGGUAGCGGCUGUCAGGCUUGUGACUGUGACACUAAACAUUCAUACGAGACGUCAUGCAAUGAGGUCAGCGGUCAGUGUUCAUGUAUGCCAGGUUUUGGAGGCAGGACAUGCAGCGAGUGCAGGGAGCUGUUCUGGGGAGACCCAGAGGUCCAGUGUCAUGCAUGUGACUGUGAUCCUCGUGGUAUUGCUCAGCCGCAGUGCAACAGAAACAACGGUCACUGCGCAUGUGUAGAAAGCGUGUCUGGACCACGCUGUGACACCUGCGCCCGUGGGUUCUCUGGUACCUUCCCGAACUGCAAGCGUUGCCACCAGUGCUUCUCUGAGUGGGAUGCUGUCAUUGGGCAGCUCACAAAUCAGACACACCGCCUCGCGAGCAAGGUAAAUGCUAUCAAAGCUAGUGGAGUAAGUGGACCCUACAGAAAAUCUAUCGAUGUCAUGGAGAGGAGCGCCUCCGACAUCCACGCCAUCCUGAACCAGAACCCAGCCUCACAGCCGCUAAGUGAGAUCCAGCAGCUCCUGCAAGAGGCUAGCGACUUGAUGGAGGCUCUUAGCCACUCACUAAAUGACACUGAGAAGGUGCUGCUCGAGGUCCAGGAGGAGGACAGCAUCAUGGAGGAUGAGCUGAAAUUGCUGACGGCGCAUGCUCAGAAACUCGAGCAGACAGUUCAGGACAUUUUGGAUCAGGUCGAGUUCAUCAAGAACUCCGACAUCAGAGGGGCUGCAAACAGUGUUAGCAAGUACUUCCUGCAGUCUCAGUCGGCUGAAGGUCGAGCAAAUGCUUCUACCAUUGACCCUGACAGCCCUGUGGAAAACUCUGCUAACCUACGGGAACUCACUGUGGACAAGAUGAACCAAACCAGAGACGAGUUCCUCAGGAGACACACUGAGCAUGCUCAGAGACUGGAUGAACUGGCUGGACAAAUCCAGACUCUGGACCUGGCAGAGCUCAGCCACAAGACAUGCGGGAAUCCAGCAAGUCAGGAGUCGUGUUGGUUGUCUCCCUGCGGGGGUCUAGGCUGUGUGAACGCAGAAGGUGGCCCUCAGUGUGGAGGCCAAGAAUGUGACGGUGUGUUGACCAAAGCUCACUCCAGCUGGCAGAAAGCCGGUGCCACUGAACAGGACAUAUUACAUGCAAUGGGGAAAGUGGACCAACUUGCAAAGACGGUCUCAGAGCUCAAACAACAGGCAGAUGAUGCAAAAAUGAGUGCUUACGACGUCCUUAUGAAGGCCAAUACGACCAAACACAACGUGGAUCGGAGCAACAAGGACUUGAGGACCCUCAUCAGACAGAUUCGAGACUUCCUCACACAGGAUGGAGCAGACCUUGAGAGUAUUGAAAAAGUGGCUAAUGAGGUGCUGGCCAUGCAGAUGCCCACCACACCGGAGCAGCUUCAGAACCUGACAGAUGAAAUUCAACAGAAGGUGGGGGAACUGGGCAAUCUGGAGACCAUCCUACAGCAGAGCGCUGAUGACAUUCAGAAAGCUGAAAGCCUGCUUGAACGAGCACGUCAAGCUAAUCAGGAGGCGGCUGACGUGAAGGACUCUGCUGAGUUGGUGAAACGAGCUCUGGAGGAAGCUCAGCGAGCUCAAACAGCCGCCAGCAGUGCAAUCCAGCAGGCCACCACCGAUAUCCACAACACCAGAAAGCUACUACUCUCAGUCAAGUCGGAGACAACAAAUGCAGAGUUAAAACUGAAUGACGCCACCCUCAGACUGCAGCGCCUUGACGAGAACAUGAUACUGCUCAGAGACAAGACUCUGAAUGCCACUCGGAGCAGUGAACGCACCAUUCAGGAUGCAACCAGCAUAAGACAAAUAGCCAAUGAAAUAAAAAAGGACAUGGAUGCCAAAAUAAAGGGGAGGUUCUCCACUGUCGAGCAGCUGAUUGAAGAAAAAGGAGGAGGCGUGGCUGAUGCUAAGAAGAGGGCAGAGUCACUGCAGCGAGAAGCCAAGGAGCUGCUGUUGCAAGCCAGUAACCAACUGAAGCUUUUAAAAGACCUUGAGAAGUCGUAUGAGGACAAUCAGCGGGCCCUGGAGGUGAAGGCGGAGCAGCUGGUGGAGCUGGAGGCGUCCGUUAAGGAGCUGCUGCAGCAGAUCAGCCACAAAGUGACAGUGUACAGCACCUGUCUAUUCUAAGGCAAAUGUCACCGCUAGCGAGAAGAUGAUGGCUUUUUACUUUUGAAAUUCCAUUUUGUGGAAGUAAACCAAAGACUGUCCUUGUAACUCUUGAAUACUUGUUUUUAACUGACGUUCAUACUUUUUUUUGUUUGGAGUUGGUCCUCUGUACGUAUUGUGUACAUAUGUGGUGGGCUCUCCUUUGUGUUUUCAAAGUAGCAAAGCUGAAUGAGAAUGCAAUGAUGUAGUAUUACAUGUAUAUCAGUCACCAUUUAUUUCACUCAAAGUUUAACUCCUUAGAGUUCUGGGGGGGCGGGGGGGCUAAAACGCUGACAAAUAGCUGUGCAGUUCUUGUUCAUGAGGUGAAAAAUGGCUUUGGGCAUGCUUGAUGCCAAUGUUUCCAGGAGGCUAGUGUUGCUCCAGGUGGUGAAGAUGGCUUCAUGGAGGGCAUCCACUGUCUGGAACUCAUGUCCAUUUUUGUUCCAAAUGUUCUCCAUUGGAUGUAGAUGAGGGGAGCAUGCAGGAUGGUCCAAAAGAGUGAGCUUAUUCCUCUGGAAGAAGUCCUUUGUGAAGUGCAGCGUUGUCCUGUCAAAAAAGCCAGUAAUCGCCCCGUUUGAUGCCCCUGCACAACCUGAAACUCCAUUGCUCCAUUGAAGGAUCAUGAUGGUGGAAAACAUCUCAGAUCUCAGAUCUCCUUGUCAUGCCAGUGACAUUGGAAGCCAUCAGGAGAAUACAAAUUUCUUUCAUCUUUCAGUGUCUCGUGUUUUGGUACCUGCAAAUUCCAAACGGGCAAUUUUUUGGCAUUCACAGAGCCAAGGUCUUUGAAGUUUUUUCCUUUUAAAAGCCUUCUCUCACAGAUGUGGUCUGAUGGCUAUUGGAUGGCACUCGGCCCCAAUGACAACCUUCAUUUGGGCCGAGCAGUCCCGUGCCUUGACGGACAGCCAAUGGGAUCCUCAGGCUCAUUUUUGGGGUCUACCACUUGACUUUUUGUGUUCCAUUCUUCUUUGAAGACGUUUGAAAUGACUGUCUUACUGUGUCCAACCUCAGCAGGAAAGGCACGCCGCCUUCAAAGAGCGAAAGCUUUUUUUGCCUUUGCCGUCGAGAUGGUAACGGUGUGAAUACCUGACACUAAAUCACAUUCUAUCCACAGAUGUUGCUUUUUAAAGGCAGCGCCCUUAAACUUUUGUUUAAAGCCGAUUUCACUUUCAUGCUUAGUUGCAAUAAAUUACUUUGAUUUU